GUUAGUCGCUUCUUCGCAUUCUACCGCCGGGUCCUUUUUGUCCCCUACUGCGUUCGGUGGCAGUUUCCGUGCGGAAGUGGUAGUCCUGGGAAAAAAGAUGGCUGCCACUGCGGUGGCGCGGGCUGGCUCAAUGGCCGGACGGGUCGCCAAGCGGGGUGGGGGCGGCCCGGGAGGCGGCGGCGGCGGCGGCGGUGGAGGGGCCAGGGGCUCAGAGGAGGAGCCGCCCCCCCCGCUCCAAGCAGUUCUGGUGGCCGAUAGCUUCAAUCGCCGCUUCUUCCCCAUCUCCAAGGACCAGCCUCGGGUUCUCUUGCCCCUGGCCAAUGUGGCCCUAAUUGACUAUACUCUGGAAUUCCUGACAGCCACAGGUGUACAAGAAACCUUUGUCUUUUGUUGCUGGAAAGCUGCUCAAAUCAAGGAACAUUUACUGAAGUCCAAGUGGUGCCGCCCCACAUCGCUCAAUGUGGUUCGGAUCAUUACAUCAGACCUAUAUCGAUCCCUGGGAGAUGUUCUCCGUGAUGUUGACGCCAAGGCCCUGGUGCGCUCAGACUUCCUUCUGGUGUAUGGAGAUGUCGUCUCAAACAUCAAUAUUUCCAAAGCCCUGGAACAGCACAGGUUGAGGCGGAAGCUAGAAAAAAAUGUAUCUGUGAUGACAAUGAUCUUCAAGGAGUCGUCCCCCAGCCACCCAACUCGUUGCCAUGAGGACAAUGUGGUGGUGGCUAUGGAUAGUGGCACAAACCGGCUUCUCCAUUUCCAGAAGACCCAAGGCCUCCGGCGUUUCUCUUUCCCCCUGAGCUUGUUCCAGGGCAGUGGCGAUGGGGUGGAGAUUCGCUAUGAUUUACUGGAUUGUCAUAUAAGCAUCUGCUCUCCUCAGGUGGCUCAACUCUUUACAGACAACUUUGACUACCAGACUCGGGAUGACUUCGUGCGAGGCCUUUUAGUGAAUGAAGAGAUCCUAGGCAACCAGAUCCACAUGCACAUAACAGCUAAGGAAUAUGGUGCCCGGGUCUCCAACCUACACAUGUAUGCAGCUGUCUGUGCUGAUGUCAUCCGCCGAUGGGUCUACCCGCUCACCCCAGAGGUGAACUUCACUGACAGCACCACCCAGAAUUGCACUCAUUCCCGACACAACAUCUACCGAGGCUCUGAGGUCAGCCUGGGCCAUGGCAGUGUCCUGGAGGAAAAUGUGCUCCUGGGCUCUGGCACUGUUGUUGGCAGCAACUGCUCCAUCACCAACAGUGUCAUUGGCCCUGGCUGCCAUAUUGGUGAUGAUGUGGUCCUGGACCGGGCCCACCUGUGGCGGGGUGUCCGAGUGGCUGCUGGAGCACGGAUCCACCAGUCUUUGCUCUGUGACAAUGCCGAGGUCAAGGAAGGAGUUACACUAAAGCCACACUGUGUCCUCACUUCCCAGGUGGUAGUGGGCCCAGACAUCACGCUCCCUGAGGGCUCUGUGAUCUCUCUGCACCCACCAGAUGCAGAGGAAGACGAGGAUGACGGCCAGUUUAGUGAUGAUUCUGGGGCUGACCAAGAGAAAGAGAAAGUGAAGCUGAAAGGUUACAAUCCAGCAGAAGUAGGGGUUUCAGGCCAGGGCUACCUCUGGAAAAUGGCAGAUAAGGACAUGGAGGAUGAAGAGGAACUCCGGCAAAGUCUCUGGGGACUUAAAGUCAGCAUGGAAGAAGAGAGUGAAACGGAAAGUGAUCGAAGUAUGGAUUCUGAGGAGCUGGACAGCCACACAGGCUCCCCACAGAUGGACGACAUCAAAGUGUUCCAGAAUGAAGUCCUGGGAACUCUACAGCGGGGCCAAGAGGAGAACAUUUCCUGUGACAAUCUAGUCCUGGAAAUCAACUCUCUCAAGUACGCCUACAACAUAAGCCUAAAGGAAGUGAUGCAGGUCCUAAGCCACGUGGUCCUGGAGUUCCCCCUGCAGCAGAUGGAUUCCCUACCAGACUCUAGCCACUACUGUUCCCUUCUGCUUCCACUGCUCAAAGCCUGGAGCCCUGUUUUUAAGAACUACAUAAAGCGCGCAGCUGACCACCUAGAGGCCCUGGCAGCCAUCGAGGACUUCUUCCUGGAGCACGAAGGGCUUGGGACUUCUAUGGCCAAGGUGCUGAUGGCUUUCUACCAGCUGGACAUCCUGGCUGAGGAAACAAUCCUGAGCUGGUUCAACCAAAGGGAUACAACUGACAAGGGUCGGCAGUUGCGUAAGAAUCAACAGCUACAGAGGUUCAUUCAGUGGCUAAAAGAGGCAGAAGAAGAGUCUUCGGAAGAUGACUGAAAUCACACUGGCACUCCUGGCUCGCAGGUCAGGGCAAGUGAGGAGCUAUACGCGCAGAAGGAUGAAUGACUGUCACCUGGACUGAGACUGACAGGAGCAGAGGCUGCAGCUACAGUAUUCUUUCAACCGCCAGCAACCAUGUGCCUCCCAUCCUGACUGGGGAGUUGGGAUGACCGAAGAUGGGCAGGAAGGCUUGUCUUUAUGGAAGAACUACACAAGCCACUACAGUUGGAGAAAGGCCAGAGGCCCGGCUUUGUGCUCUGGCUUUCCUCAGGGGACAGCAGAGACCAGCUGACCCUCUCUGCUGCUUGUAUUUGUUAAUAAUUAAAGAGAG